GAAUAAAAUGUUUAUUUGCAGUGUCCGUGGGGAGCCCCUAACACAACAGCAAUAUCAUGUUCCCUUGCUGACGUAAUGAGUGAACAGCUGGCAAAAGAGCUGCAGCUGGAAGAAGAAAAUGCUGCUUUUCCUGAAGUGGUUGCUGUUGCUGAAGGACCGUUUAUUACUGGAGAAAAUACUGACACUUCUAGUGACCUAAUGCUAGCUCAGAUGCUGCAGAUGGAAUUUGACAGGGAAUACGAUGCACAGCUUCGGCGGGAGGAGAAGAAGAUCAAUGGAGAUAGCAAAGUCUCCAUAUCCUUUGAAAAUUAUCGGAAGGUACAUCCCUAUGACAGCGACAGCUCAGAGGAUGAGGUUGAUUGGCAGGAUACCCGUCAUGAUCCUUAUAGAGCGGAUAAACCUACUACUACACCGAGAAGGGGCUUCAUAGGAAAAGGAAAAGACAUUACUACUAAACAUGAUGAAGUGGUAUGUGGUAGAAAGAACACUGCUCGCAUGGAAAAUUUUGCACCUGAAUUCCAAGUUGGGGAUGGAAUUGGGAUGGACUUAAAGCUGUCAAAUCAAGUCUUCAAUGCCUUAAAGCAGCAUGCGUACUCUGAGGAACGUCGAAGCGCAAGGCUCCAUGAAAAGAAGGAGCACUCCACUGCUGAGAAAGCAGUGGACCCUAAAACACGUUUACUUCUGUACAAAAUGGUUAAUGCUGGGAUGCUGGAGACCAUCACAGGCUGCAUCAGCACAGGAAAAGAAUCUGUUGUUUUUCAUGCAUAUGGAGGAAAAAGUGCAACUGAAGAUAAAGUUAUACCUCCAGAAUGUGCCAUCAAAGUGUUUAAAACAACUCUUAAUGAGUUCAAGAACCGUGACAAAUACAUUAAGGAUGACUACAGAUUUAAAGACCGCUUCAGUAAAUUGAAUCCACGGAAGAUUAUUCGUAUGUGGGCUGAGAAAGAAAUGCAUAACUUAACAAGAAUGCAAAAUGCAGGAAUUCCUUGUCCUCAAGUGGUUAUCCUUAAGAAACACGUCUUGGUUAUGUCUUUCAUUGGCCAGGAUCAAGUCCCAGCUCCUAAACUAAAGGAUGUAACACUUAGUAGUGAAGAUAUGAAAAAGGCCUACUAUCAGAUUCUUAAUAUGAUGCAGCAGUUGUAUAACGAGUGUAACCUGGUCCAUGCAGAUCUGAGUGAAUACAACAUGCUUUGGCAUGAUGGGAAGGUCUGGCUUAUUGAUGUCAGUCAGUCUGUGGAGCCAACCCAUCCUCAUGGACUUGAGUUUUUGUUCAGAGACUGUAGGAAUGUUUCACAGUUCUUCCAGAAAGGAGGUGUGGCAGAAGCACUUAAUGAGCGUGAACUCUUCAAUGCUAUCUCAGGUUUAAAUAUUACAGCUGACAAUGAAGUAGACUUCCAAGCAGAGAUUGAAGCUUUGGAGAAGAUGAAUGAAGAUCAUGUGCAGAACCAUGGAAAGAAACUGUCAAUGUUUUCAAGCGAUGGAGACCCACCUAUAUAUGAUGAAUAGCACUGAGUGUAUAGCUGCUAACAAAACAAACCACAAAUUUACUGCUUCUAACUAUGUUGGUGCAGUGAUAAAUGUCAACUGCCAAUGUCAAGAGAGAGUGGCUGACUGGGAAUACCAAAAUGGAAAACACAGCGAGCGUAUGGUGAUGCCUCAGCGGCUUUUUUCUUUUUCUUUUUUUUUUUUUUUUUUUUUUUUAACUUGGCCCACGCAUCAGGCUGGCACUGUGAGAAUGGACUGUCACUACCUCUUCGGAUGGUCUGACAACUUCACCAGCUGCCCAGCUACAUUAGGCUAAUGUAGCUGAGGUGGUCAUGUUUUGCAUGACUGAGAGCUUAUAUGUUUUAGUUUAAAAAAAAAAAAAUUUAAAAAAUCAUCUAGGUCAUCUAAAGAAUUCAGUGGGAAAGCACACUAGGAGAGUCCCUCUUUUUUUUUUCCCCUAUUGCUAUUUGAAAAACUAAUUAAAAAUUGUGUAUGGACACAAUGUCAAUGAACCUUUCUCCCUGCUCCACCAAGGGCAAAAUGAAAAGUCAAACUAUGAGCUGCAACUAUAUGAAAAUAUUAAUUUAACAAACCAAUGCCUUUAUAUGUGCAAAAGUCUGGACCUUUUUGUUUGAAGUACAUGGAAUGUGGCUCUAACUAUCUCUGUAAAUACAGUUGGGUAUUACGUGAGAAAAGGAUUUGAAUCCAACCAGCAGAGGACUUCUUUGGUGAUGUGCCAGGAAAUCCUGAGGGCUGCAUCCAAGUUGGGUAACAAAGAGUAAGUUCAGUUAGCUGCACUCUUAACAGACAAGUGGUUCUGAGAACUCUAUGCAAGCAAAAAAAAAAAAACCAAAACCAAAAAACCUCUGUGAUAAUCCUGUCUUUAAACUGAAAUUCUGAGUAGAGCAUCAAACAUUCUUACUCACCCCGAAGGUAAUCAUAGACUGAAAACUAAAUAUUGAUAAUCACUUAUGUUUAAACAAAGCUCGUUUCUUACUAGUGCAGAAAGAAUACUCAAAUUUGUCUUUUUUUCUCGUGCUUUUAUUCUUAAUGUCUGUUUAUUUUAGCAAGUUCUAAAAAUCUAGCAACAUUUCUCUGCAAAACAACACAUCCAAAGAGGAACUGAUGUAGUGGGAUGGUUUGGAAUUAAGAAAUUCUGGGCAACUUCUCUUUAACUCUGCUGUUUCUGAUGCUGCUCUUUAGAUCAAGCGGAAUACAGUGUUGCUACAUGUGACAUUCUCACAGUGUGCUGUGAAAGUGAUGUUUUAAAAAUUUGUUGGAAAACUGAUGGCGAAGUAAAAACUUAAGAUCUUG